GCUAAGUAGGCACCUUUAAUUUUAAAUAGCUUGUAAAAGAAAAUGCAUAGUCUUCAGAAGCAACGAAGUUUAUUAUUUCAGUACCUGCGUUCAUCAUCAAACAGCAACAAUAUUAUUCAUAAUUCAAAAAUGAUUCUUUCAUCUUCUUCUUCUUUAUUAUUAGCCUCUAACUUUUCUUCCACUGCAGGCAAGGUCAUUCCUUGCAAAGCUGCAGUUGCAUGGGAAGCAGGGAAGCCAUUGGUGAUUGAAGAUGUGGAGGUUGCUCCACCACAAGCCAAAGAAGUAAGGAUUAACAUCAAAUAUUCAUCACUUUGCCACACUGAUUUAUAUUUCUGGGAAUCUAAGAGCGUACCACCAAUAUUUCCACGCAUAUUAGGACACGAAGCAUCUGGGGUUGUGGAGAGUGUAGGUGAUGGUGUAUCAAAUCUCAAGCCUGGUGAUCAUGUUCUUCCACUAUUCACUGGAGAGUGUGGGGAAUGCCCAAACUGCAAGUGUGAAGAUAGCAACAUGUGUGAGGUGUUGCGAAUAAACCCAACAAGAGAGGGUAUGAUAAGUGACGGAAAAUCAAGGUUCUCUACUAUAAAAGACAAGGAACCUAUAAGUCACUUCCUUGGCACAUCCACUUUUAGCCAAUACACAGUUGUUCAUUCAGGAAGUGUUGUUAAGAUCAAUCCCACACUUCCUUUGGACAAAGCUUGUCUCCUCAGUUGUAGCAUCUCAACAGGGAUAGGAUCAAUUCUCAAUGUUGCCAAACCAAAGAAGGGGGCUUCAAUAGCAAUAUUUGGGCUUGGAACUGUUGGACUGGCUGCAGCCGAAGGUGCAAAAAUUGCUGGAGCAUCCAGGAUAAUUGGAAUUGACAAGAAUCCCAACAAACUUGAGUAUGCCAGGAAAUUUGGACUAACAGACUUCGUAAAUCCAGAAGAACAUGAAAGACCAGUUCAUGAGGUCCUCAAAGAGAUGACAAAUGGUGGAGUUGAUAGGUGCAUAGAAUGCACUGGAAACAUUAAUGCCUUAAUGUCUGCAAUGGAAGCUCUCCAUGAUGGAUGGGGUGUUGCUGUACUUGUUGGAGUGCCUAGUGGUGAUGCAGUUUUCAAGACUAAUCCCUUCAAUUUUCUUAAUGAAAAGACAAUUACAGGCACAACCUUUGGGAACUACAAGCCUAAGACUGGCCUACCAACACUAGUUGAUAUGUUCAUGAACAACAAAUUGGAGCUGGGCAAGUUUAUAACUCAUAGAGUUCCUCUUUCUGAAAUCAAUAAAGCCUUUGAUUACAUGAUCAAAGGACAAGGUCUAAGGACAAUCAUAGACAUGAACGACUAGUGUUUUUUACAACUUUAGUCCUGUUGAAAUUAAAGGAAAACUACUAUUUGAUUUUAUAUAUAUUUUUAAG